AUGGAGCGAAUGAAAGCUAUAGCACGCAGCUACGUAUUUUGGCCAAACAUCGAUGCGGACAUUGAAGAUUACGUUCGACGAUGCUCCCGUUGUGCAGCAGUAGCCAAGUGUCCCACAAAGACAACACUUUCAUCUUGGCCAAUUCCUACACAGCCAUGGUCUCGUAUCCAUGAGGACUAUGCCGGGCCAUACAAGGGCAAUUUUUUUCUGGUUAUCGUCGACGCUCUCACCAAGUGGCCAGAAAUAUAUUGCACGAACUCCAUGACAUCAUCCGUCACUAUAAACAAGCUUCUCGAAACCAUAGCAAGGUUUGGAUUACCAGAUGUUAUCGUGACUGACAACGGGACACAGUUUGAUUCAAAUUCCUUCGCAAAGUUUUGUGAAAAGAAUGGAAUAGAACAUAUUAAAAUUCCACCAUUUCAUCCUCAGUCGAACGGACAAGCCGAGCGGUUCGUCGAUACAUUGAAAAGGGCGUUAACAAAAAUGGAAUGUGAUGCAAUUGAAGAGGCACUUCAAACGUUUCUGUUCACGUACAGAUACACUCCAAACAAAUAUAUUGAAGAUUCAAAAUCACCUGCCGAAGCGAUGCUUGGAAGAAAAAUCAAAAUGAAUUUGGACCAUCUAAAAAAACAACAACCCAAGUCGUUACAGGUUAAUCACCAGCAAAAUUACCAAUUUAAUAGAUCUCAUGGAGCCAAAGAAAGGAUGUUUGCUGCCGGUGAUGAAGUAUACGCAGAAAUUCAUAUACGCAAUAAACGAUACUGGGCAGCUGGAAAGAUAAUCGAAAAAAAAGGAAGUGUGACGUACAACGUGUGCAGUGCCUAA